ACUUCACACAUAUUGAUUACUGUAGAAAGAAUGCGAUGCGCGCUGUACGUCUCGUGUUUACGGACACGACGCGGCACGAACUGGAUCGUCUUCGUGUCCUGAUGCGAGAGCGCGUGCGAAUUUUCCAACCACCACGUGCUCGGUCGUGCUCGAGAACGAACCUUCCCGCGGGUUCAGUCGCGUACCAACCACCAUCGUCGAUGGCAAUAGCGCAGAAGUGCAUCUUUGUCGUCUUCGUCGUUGGCCUGUGUGUCACACGGUUACCUGGAAGCUGUGCCGUUGAAGUCACUCGCAACGGCGAGUCCGCGUGUUUGACCAAUGUUCGCGGAUUUAAAGUGCGUGUGCUAAACAUAACCCAUGUUUUGUGUGCUCUAGCCUACGCCUGCUAAGUGAUACUGUGUUAGAAAAAGGAAAGAAUUAUCCGAAAAUGCGUAUUCACACGGUGCAGCAGCGCCGUGCACCGUCCACCAUUUCGCUGGAUGAUUCGCUCGAUCCGUCCAUGAUGGAUACGAGCGUUCCGGCUGUGUUUCCACCGGCCGUCCAUCGCUUUCCCUUCAAUGGAUUAGGGGCGGCUGCCGAGAUGGAGUACGAGCAGGAGCGAUCGCACCGUGGAACUUCCGGUGGAGCCGCUGUCCGUCCGUUGCCGACCGUUUCGGAACGCGUCGGCAGCUAUGGCCGACGGUCGAACAAUUACGACGACAACGGCAUCGAGGUGCAGCUGGCAAACGGUGAUCUAGCGUUGAUCGGAAAUCGCCUCUGCCGGGAAGACUCGGGCAUCAGCAUCAACGAGCCGCACCGGGGUCGGUUUGAGCGGCUAAAGAACAUUUGCUCCUUCGCUACGCUGUCCAGCGGUGGCGGAUCUGACUCGGAACGAUCGAACGGAAUGAGUAGAAGCCAGCACUGGAUGCUAAUGAUAACGCCCGUCGUCUCCAGCUUUUCUUUAGCUCUCGUAAUUGCGGCAGUAGUCGGACCACAGUGGUUACUAACCGAGGAGAAGAUCCCGGUCACAACGUACCACAACAAUACGCACGGACACAGCACACUGACACCGAUCACCAGCAUCAACAGCGUGCACAACCAGCAGCAACUGAACAUACAGCAUCCGCACCUGAUACCGGCCACGAAAGACGAUCUCAGCGGUGCGUUUCUGACCAAGUACACCAAAUCAUCGCUGUGGAUGCUCUGCAGCAAGUACAGUGGUGGUACCGCCCCGGGACAAUCGCAGCAUCAAAUGGGAGGCGAUGAAUUCCAAUGCUCGAGCAUUGACUACUUCCCGACCGAGGGAUACAGCCCGGAUCCGAACGAUUCGACGAAUGCCAUUCCGUAUACCGUAACGCAUUCGUCACCGUUCUUUCUCGCCUCGAACGGGGUCCUCAUCGUCAGCUACGGCCUGUUCCUGGUGGCCAUGUGCUCGACGAAGCACAAAAUCUGCUACUUCGUCUCCGGGGUGCUAUUUAUAAUAUCCGGGUUGCUGAUGCUGAUUGGCCUGAUAAUGUACAUCUCGAUACUGAAGGCAGAAAUAGGUUCCAAGCUGCGGCCAAGGUCGUCCCUGCAGGCACCCCAGUUUUCGUUCCGCUACGGGCAAAGCUUCCUGCUGUACGUGUUCGGGUUCAUCAUUACCGAGCUGUCGGGCAUCUUGAACGUGCUGAUCUACUCCAAUGUGCAGCAGGACGAGUACGACAGUGCGCAUCACGGCGACCAGUCAUCGUCCUACCCCACCUACCAGAACCUGUCCGGUGGCAUACAGUACAAUUUGCACUACCGCCGGGAAUGGGCCCAUCCGGGCGAAGAGCCUGGAAAAGGUCACCAAGAUGGUCCACCUAUCGUUGACUACCGAUACCCUUACGAUGGGCUCGACGACUGUGAGACAUCGCCGCGAUAUUACUUCGAGCAGGAACAGCAACAGCAGCAGUCACAACUUCAGCAGCAACGCGAACAACAGGUGGACGACAAUGAGGUGGAAUGUAAUCUGCAUAGACGUGCAUAUGGAAGAAUGACGCACGAAGGGUUGUCGAAGAGUCUUACGGAUCUGCUCUACAUGGAGCCGGCACAGGUAAAACCUGACCGGAGUGUUACCUGGUCACGGGUACGAGCCAACGGCGAUGGCGAACGUACAGACCAGGGCGUUGAUGCUCGCACACCGGAUAGCAACAUGGAGUACACCCAUUACUGGUCGUCAACCGGUAAGCUCACGCGCAGUGUUUCAACCUACACAGAUCUAGUCCCGCUCGGUGAGCAGGAAGGUUCAGUGCGCAAUCGACGAGCCCGUUCCCGAUCACCCGCGCGUAGCGACGAUGAGAUGACGGGGAAAGUGAGCAACAUAUGCGGUCUGUCCCGUCACUAUCUGUCCCGGGAGCUUUCCAAAGAGAAGCUUUUCAAUGAGUUCUGCAAAAAGGUGGGACCACGGCCAAAACCAAAGAACAUCUACUACAUUGAUGGUCGCAACGGUGACGACAGCUACCGGAGCGUGUACGUGGUGGAUCCGUCCUCUUCAUCGCUCCAUUCGCCUGGCCCGGGUGCACGCAACCGUUCACAGCGAAGACGCAAUUCGACGGCAGACGCAAGACGCCGACUAGCAACUCAGGAUCAGCUUCCGCCCAGCAGCACAUCCAACUAUCGGCAGCGCAUACAUUCGGACAACUCGUUGGAUGAUUUGAUGCAUGAUACCGACGGCCGGUAUGGGCGUCGGCGGGAUCCGAUCGGACGUGCACGUUCGGUCGACUACAGACAAACGCUACCGCGCAACUUUCAGCAACGUCAUCUAGCCGCCAGCGAACCGGAAGACGAGACGGGCGGAUUCGGAGAGCGGAUAGCGCUGGAGCGGAAGCGAAUUUCCGCCAGCGGACUUUUGCUGGAACCAGCAAGGACUAACGUUUCACACGAAGAUCUCACCUCGGAUAGCAGAUGGCACAAAGGUGGUGUAAGACACUCGUUACAACACCCUGCCUCUAUAGACAUCAACCGUACAUCAACCACCUCUUAUUGUCCCAAAUAUCUGGAUCCUCCUCCUCCACCCACCUACACUUCCGCCCUGUCCGCUGGUGGGCAACAUCAGCGGGAGGAUUUUUCCUCUGCCUCUCAUAUGUACCGGAGUUACGGUGAUCUAACUACCCAGCAGCAGCAGCAGCACCAUCAUCAUCAGUUGCGCCGUCCAACCAUCCUUUCGCCCCAGAUAUUCGUACCCAUCAGUCAGCCGGCAACACCGCCACCAUUACGCCCUAUGCUACAGCAAUCCCAGCAGCAGCAACAGUCACAUCGUCAUGUGCACCAUCAGCACCAUCGACACAAUGGAACGCAACAUCAACAGCAGGUAACGAUUACAGGCAGCCGCAAUCAUUCGCUGCCAUCGCCCGUUUUCGAUCUGGACCGCAUCGAGCAGGAAAGGCGCAAAUCCCAUUCGCAACUGUUUCUCAACAGCCCAGCGGACAGUUCUUCCGUUGGUCAAUAUGAUUUCGUUAAUGGAACGGCCGUUUAGAGAGGUUGUGUUGAUGUUUCACAAAAUUCGUUCAGAAAACACACUAACAUCAUAUCUAUCAUUCACAUUUAGAAGCUAGAGCUAUAGUUAAGAAGCUGUUUGUAUACUAGUUAUGUAAUAAAUGGGUGUUAAGGUUCUUUUCUUAGUUACUAACAUACUCACCUGUUGGGCGCGACAUCCUUACGUUCAUACUGUCUUUUCACACAUACGGGAUCAUUCUUCGGAACAUCUUACAUGAGGACAGCGUCCAUGUCACGUAUGGCGUAUGGCAUAAGAAGAUGUGAUUAGCUGCGCGAUGGUCGCAACAAACGUGUGAAGUGUUUUCUUCUUAGGAAAUUCCUUGUUGGUAUCGGUGUGUGAGUUUCAAUCCGGAAUGAAUAGACUUCGACUUACAGUUUUAGACGGCUUCAAAAGAGGCAUUAUAUUCUAGCAUUUCCGCAUACAUCAUAUCACCCUUAUUGCACAACAGGCUUCAAACUUCAACAUGCAUAGGAUAGUUCUCAUAUCUUCUGGUGAUAUCUACUUAAUGUAAUCCUCUGCAGGACAUACCCUCUCUACGGUUUCAAGGGCUUCAUGCUUACUGAGCGGCAUUCACCAUUUGCUGAGAUCGAGAAGACUUCAAGAUCGCAAUAAAUAUGACUUAUAUGGCACACAAAUACGUCCGGAGGUCCUAUAUGGACACGAGUCUUGCACCAUCCGAGCGGAGGAUGCAAACGCUCUGAGCGUGUUUGAUCGAUGUCCAGCCUGAAGCAUGUUCCAGACAAUCUUUGGAGGUGUCAUUCGAGCAUGCUAGGAUUCAAGAUUGGUAGGAUUCGAUAGCUGAGACAUAUUCCAUAAGGUUGUCAAGGCGCAGAGAAGCACAACGAGUUUGUUGUAUUGUAGCCAAUUGGUGAGUAAAACUUAUUGGACAUCGGGAGUCUACAAGGAUAGGAACGAGUCAUAUCAUGACGACGGGCUGUAUCGAGAGCAGACCAACAAAGAAAGAGAAAGGAAGAUAUACCCUUCCGUCCAGCUUUUAGGAGACUCGGUCCAUACAGGAUUUGAACCCAAGACGUGUAUGUUAUUAUCUCGUAGGCUAGACGACCGUACUACGAAACCGGCCAUGUGGUAUUGUGUUCCACGUAUCAGCUAUAAUUGCAUAGCAAAUAGUUUGUUUGUUUUUCAGAUUUCCUCGAUGUUAGAUGGCUUUUGGUGGAAGAAGGAUAGUUGUUUCUAUAGUUGAUCAUCGGCAAGAACACGUUGUUUGAUCUCCC